AUGGCAACUCAAUUUGCUCGCAUUGAAGACACCCUGGAGAAGCAUCUUUCCCCUGAAGAACUAGCGGAAGUGCGACGUAUUCUCUACGGAGAAGAAACGCCUACCAUUCAGUUCACUGAGGAGGCGAUCAAUCUCGCAAAGCAAAGGGACUUUGAACUUCGUGGAUACCGUUUUCAGUGUCCUGCCGAGCAGACACGAAUGCCGAGGAUUGUCCGUGUGGGAAUCAUUCAAAAUGCCAUUGUCCGACCAACAACUGAUCCCGUUGAAGAGCAACGUCGGGCAAUUCACCACCGAGUGGCCGAAAUACUGGAGGUGGCAGCUAAGGCCGGAGUGAAUGUGAUCUGUUUCCAGGAGGCUUGGACUAUGCCUUUUGCCUUUUGCACUCGAGAAAAGGCGCCAUGGACCGAGUUGGCAGAGAGUGCUGAGCACGGACCAACCACAACUUUCCUGAAGACCCUUGCCGCCAAACACAAUAUGAUCAUCAUAUCGCCCAUUCUUGAGCGCGACGAUAGUGACGUUAUGUGGAACACUGCUGUGGUGAUCAACCAGACUGGUCAAGUGAUUGGCAAGACUCGCAAGAAUCACAUACCUCGAGUGGGCGAUUUCAAUGAGAGCACCUAUUACAUGGAGAGCACCCUGGGACACCCUGUUUUUGACACCAAGUUUGGCAAGAUAGGCAUCAACAUCUGCUACGGUCGUCACCACCCGCAGAACUGGAUGAUGUUCGGCCUGAACGGCGCCGAGCUAGUCUUCAAUCCGUCCGCCACUGUGGGCGGCCUCUCUGAGCCGCUCUGGUCCAUUGAAGCUCGCUGUGCGGCAAUCGCCAACUCCUUCUACACAUUCGCCAUCAACCGCGUUGGCACGGAGACCUUUCCCAAUGAGUUCACCUCUGCUGACGGAAAACCGGCGCACAAGGAUUUUGGCCACUUUUACGGCUCCAGCUACGCGACGGCGCCCAACGGCAGUCGCACGCCAGGACUGUCGCGCGUCAAAGACGGCCUCCUGGUGACGGAGCUCGAUCUGAACCUCUGCAGACAGGUGAAAGACCACUGGGGAAUUCGGAUGACUCAACGUUUGGAGAUGUAUGGUGAAAAGUUCACCAAGGCGGCAAAGCCUGACUACAAGCCAGAGAUCAUCAACGGUAACUGA